AUGGGGUCUGCGGCAUGUCCGGUGUCAUACAACCCAGCUGACUACCUGAUAGAUUGUGUGGCCCAGCAUGAGUCCCAGGGGGAGAGCGGCCGUAACCAUGGUAACGGGCCCGAUGCACCUGAUGCACCCACACGUGGGGCCGACAGGACACCCUUGCUCGGUGCAGAGGGGCAAGAGGAGGAUGACCAGAGUGAGCGUUAUGC